AUGUCAUGGAGGGUCUUAUUCCUCUCACCGAUGCUGCCUUUAGCUGUGAUCGUGUAUGGAUCCGCUCAGGCCAUUCACUCCGAUAUGCGAGGUCCUGGUGGACUUGAAUUCUGUCUGGUUCUCGCCAAUACCGAGUAUCUGCUCGCAGCCACCCACGGACCUAGUGUUUUGGCCAUGGCGAAAGAUUAA